CCUGAACAUGAGAAUGAAUCAGAACUGAGAGGGCCUUCUGGUCUUGCUGGAGGAUCUCAAGUCUCUGCAGAGUUAAUGGUUUGCCUUGGGAGCAUAUUUAUCAGGAUGUUGCACCCUCAGACCAAAGAAGUGAUAAAGAAAGAUCAGGAUAAUCUGGAAAACAGAAAGGACAAACUGCAGAAACGAAUUAAAGUGGAAAUCAACCUCCUCUUUGAGGCCCAAGACAAGCCAGAGCUGAAGGACUUUAACCUGAACUCCCUCAACCAGGAUGAGCUUAAAGCUCUCAAUAUCAUCUUGAAAGGAUCAGGCUCAAAUGCCACAAUGAGGGACCUAAAACCGGCAUCCGUUGGAGUCAUGGAGGAGCCAGAACUCUAAACCUUGAAAACUCCAAGAGCAGCUAUGCCCUGGUUGCAACAGGCAUCAGGAUGCUGGUCACGACUCCCUGUGUAAACUUUGUAGUACUGG